AACAACAGGGGUUUGCGAUUUAAAACAUCUCUCUGAUAAGUGCAAGCGACAUGAAAGUAGCCGCAGCCAUCUUGACAACGCUAUGAGGCUCCAGUUUUUUGGGAAGCUUAGCAUUGCUGAACAGCUAGAUGAAGGCUACAGGAUUGGCAUUAGAAGGCACAAUGAAGAGGUCACAAAAAAUCGACACAUCCUGUCUAGAAUAAUAGACUGUGUAAAAUUUUGUGGCGCAUUUGAGCUGGCUUUGCGUGGCCACAAUGAGAGCGAGAGCUCAGAUAACCCCGGGAUAUUCCGUGGCUUGGUCGACUUUGUUGCUUCUCUUGAUGGAGUUUUGAAAGAGCACCUCGAGAAUGCCUCUGUGUUUAAGGGAACUUCGAAAACCGUGCAGAACGAGCUGUUGGACUGUAUGUUGUCUGUUAUGAGGGAACACAUAAUCCAAGAAGCACAAAACAGCGAUUUUCUAUCAAUCCAGGCCGACGAGACCACCGAUAUUGCCACACAGUGCCAACUUGUGCUUGUGCUGCGCUACAUUGAUGGCAAAAGCAACGUACAGGAGAGGUUUUUUGCUUUUAUUCAUCUGCAUUCAACUACAGCUGAUUCCAUCACUACAGCACUAAAAGAGCAUCUUACUGUCAUCCUUCCAGAGGAUCAGAAGAGUAAACUCAUCUCCCAAGCGUAUGAUGGAGCCAGCGUGAUGAGAGGUGCCACUGCAGGUGUUCAAAGGAAGAUUCAAGAUGUGUACCCAAAUGCCCAUUACAUCCACUGCUAUGCGCAUCAGCUCAAUCUAAUAAUGCAAAAGGUCACUUCUCACAUACCCAAAGUUAGAAUUUUUUUUCUAACCUUGGAGGAUUUGCCAGCUUUUUUUCAAGAUGAACCAAGCGCACAGAUGUUCUUGAUAAAGUAGUUGCCCAUAGACUACCAACAUCAAGCAGUGUUAGAUGGAACUUCCACAGCCAUGCCAUCAAUACAGUGUUUGAGCACAGAGAGGGCCUCAUUCGCUGUUUUGAAACUAUUCGAGACUCAGGUGACUUUGACCCUGUUACCACCAGAGAGGCAGGAGGCUUUGCCAUGCUGCUGGAGGAUCAGGAUUUUUAUUUUUUUCUGCAACUUUUCCACAACAUCAUGCCACACGUGGACAUCCUCUAUGCCAAACUCCAGAAGAAGGACAUAGAUUCAGUUCACAUUAAGGGGAGCAUCCAGCAGUUCCAGCAGGACAUACAGAAGAUCAGAAAUUCUCUCCAUUCUCUGGUUAACCAAAGCAGUGAAGGAGCUUCUCAACCAAAGAGGUGGCGGUUGCUUAGUCCAGAGGUCCAUGAACGGAUU